AUGACGACUCAAAACUUCAAGAAUGAGAAGGACAUUCCUGUCUCUCACCAGGACUUUCCUGGCACGGAAAGGGAUAUGCCCAACCCCCAGGCCACCCGAGACGAGCUCCCCGAAGCUGGCGGUAACUCGCGAACGUAUCAAGGCUCCGGUAAGCUCAAGGGCAAGAGAGCAUUGAUUACUGGAGGUGACAGCGGUAUCGGUGCUGCCUCAGCUCUUCUUUUUGGCCGAGAGGGUGUUUCGGAUAUCGUCAUUGCCUAUCUGCCAGAAGAGGAGAAAGAUGCCCAGGAUACCAAGAAGCAGGUUGAGGCCGAGGGUGCCAAGGUUCAUCUUAUCUCUCUCGAUCUCUCCAAGCAGGAGAACUGCAGAAAGCUUGUUGACUUUGCCGUUGAGAAAAUGAAGGGAAUUGAUAUUCUCUUUAAUAACGCUGCUUAUCAGAUGGUUGUCAAGGACAUCAAGGAUCUUCCUGAGGAGCAAUGGGUUCACACUUUUAACAUCAACAUCCACUCCUUCUUCUACGUUUCCAAGUACGCUCUACCGCAUAUGAAGGAGGGUGCCACCAUCAUCAACAACGCCUCUAUCAACGCAUAUAUCGGCCGUCCCGACCUUCUCGACUACACCUCCACCAAGGGUGCCAUUGUGUCUUUUACACGAGGUCUCAGCAACCAGUAUGUGAGCAAGGGCAUCCGAGUCAACGCUGUCGCUCCUGGACCUGUCUGGACUCCUCUCAUUCCCGCCACCAUGGACGAUGAGGCACAAAAGAACUUUACAGCUCCUAUGGGACGACCUGCCCAGCCUUCAGAGAUCGCCACCUGUAUAGUUUUCCUGGCGUCGAGCGACAGUUCGUGUGUUAGUGGUCAGACCAUUCACUGCAACGGCGGUACCAUUGUCAACGGUUAA